CAGGACUACAAGUCCACACACCACUGAGACAGGACUACAAGUCCACACACCACUGAGACAGGACUACAAGUCUCCCAGAAUGCAUUUCGCACCAGCAGAGAAGAGACAACAAUGGCGGAGACGACUCACAGCUGGACUUUGUAACCACUUCUGACCUGGAAAUAACUGCCAAACAGGCCAACAAGAAGCAGAACAACAACAAGUUUGCUGCAACAACCAGGGGCGGACUAAUGGAGCCGCAUCCAUCUGACUGUACCACUGCCAGCUGGUACCGUCUAUUAUACAGCCUCGAUGGAUCCAGCGGACGAGCCCCCGUCCAUGUUGUGGGGUCUGGACCCGGUCUUCACUGCCUUCGCCCGGCUGUUUGUCAGGGACGUCCUGCAGAUGACAGAGUCCACCCAGGUACCAGGUAUUUACUUCUACAACUUGCAUCCGAUCUAUAAAGUGGAUGUACUGGGGACAGUGGUUUACAAGAGAGAAAGAGAAGACUUCUUCUGUUAUGGAGUGGAUGAUGGUACUGGUGUAAUUAACUGCCUCUGCUGGAAGAAUGACCUGUUGAAAGAGGAGGAGAAUCCUACCAAAUCAGGAGGAAAACACAGUGAUGGGGCUCAAGGAGGCUUCAACCCAGUGGCUGAACUGGAGAAGCUGAGACAGGCCCAGCAGAGCCGCUGCCGUCUGGAGAUCGGAGAGCUGCUCCGAGUCAGAGGACCGGUGAAGACGUCGAGGCAACAGAGAGAAAUCAUGGCCUCCACCUUCUAUAAAGUGAACGACCCAGUGAUGUCGGCCCAGAUAGCGUGGAUGAUGGAGGUUCCUCGGCUCUACAGACAGUGCUAUGACAAACCACUGCAGCUGCAACCGAAUGCAACGGGGGACUCAGCCAUCAGUUCCCUCAGCAAGGCAACGAAUAUCAUCAGGGAUUUCUUCAAGCAGAAGUCGGUGACCAGGUUCAGACCCUAUGAUGUUCAGGACCUCCUGCAGCCUCUGAUCUCCAGCCAGCCUCAAACAGCAUCAGCAGACCCGGAGCCUGUGGCGGGUCCAUCUGCAUGCCAGCAGCUACGCCAGCUUCUGAAGGAGGCCCUGCAAAUUUUACAGGACGAGGGUGUCGUGUACCGCAAGGUCAAAUCCCAGGAUGAGGUCUAUCAUGUGACUGCAAAUGACACAGAUCUACUCAUCGUCGUCAAAGACGUCAUCAGGGAGGACUCCCGGAGAGAGAAGUAUGCAGAGAAGGGUUGCCACAUCCUGCACAUCCUGUCUGCAGUCAGGCAGCGCCACAGCCUGAACGUGAGCAAAGCCACGCUGGAGCUGGUCCUCAAAUCCCUGGAGACCAACAGCGACAUCGUCAGCACCAGCGACAACCAUUACACUGUGUUUUGACUGGAGUAUUACUAUGUGUACUGUUACUAUGUGUACUGUUACUAUGUGUACUGUUACUAUGUGUACUGUGAAUGUGAAUGUGAAUGUGUACUGAAGUGUGACUCCUGCCAACAUUACUUGAACUCCAUGUUUGUUGUUUUAUUUGAAAUGACUGCUGCAUAAUGACAGACAUUAGGGGAGCUUUCAGGACCACUGAGCACUUCACUGUUUCAAACAUUUAUGAUAGAAGACAUGUUCAAACGAAUAGGAAAUAAAUAACAGACCAGGGCUCUUCCAUGAUUAGAUGAACCCGCUAACGGGGCCUCUGGGGCCAAAUUUAAGGCCUCUUCACGCCAGUGAUGUUUCUUUUAUUCCAUUCAAUUACACGUCAAUUAGUUUUUUCUCAAUGUUGUUUUUGUCACGAAUACUUUCAUGCAGAGCAAGAAUAUAAAAAAAAUAUUAAUACAUUUUUUUAUAAUGCAAUCCCAUAGAUGUAACACAUUGAACCAUAUCCUGAAAACCAUUAACCUGCAUGUGAGUGAGAGAGGGGCGACACUGCAAAUGAUGUGACCAAUGUAUCACCAGCAGCAGCUGGAAUGAUGUCAUCUAAAAUCACACAGUGAAGAUCUGAGCACAUACGUUUCCUUACCGACACACAGGACCACCAGAGGACAAUGUUGCAUAUCCUACUGAUGACCAGCAGCCAACCACCCAACUAAUGCUACAUGUUAUCCUAAAGCUUGCUUUGAAUAAUGGCUGAUGUGCCUUUACAAAAGGGUUGAGCACCGUUAUGGUUCCUCAGUCUGGAGUCUGACUCACAUAGAGGUUUUACAGGAUUGUGUCUGAAAAUAGAGAAAAGCCUUUAACUCCUUCUCCCUCAUGAGAAAACACAAUGAAACAAGACCCCGGCUUUAUCCAACAUUCACAUGUGCUGGUACUGUAUAGAAAUGAGCUGAUUCAAUAAAAGGAAUGUGUCAUUUGCAUAUUGAAACAAACAUAUUCUGAAAAGAUAAAGAUAAUUGUCUUAAUGUAAAUAAUGAGCUGGGGACGUCCUCUUAAAGUGAACUGGUCUGGUUUAGUGUCCCCUGUAGAGGGUCCUCUUAAAGUGAACUGGUC